AUGGUUCCAAAGGCCGCCACUGGUGACUGGCGCCCCUGCGGUGAUUACAGGGCCCUGAACAACGUUACUGUCCCGGACCGCUACCCUGUCCCACAUCUUCAGGAUUUUGCCGGUGCCCUAUUCGGCAAGUCUGUAUUCUCGAAGAUCGAUAUGGUCCGUGCUUUUCACCAAAUUCCCAUAGCCCCAGAGGACGUUUCAAAGACGGCCGUUACCACCCCCUUUGGCCUCUUUGAGUUCCUGCGCAUGCCGUUUGGACUUCUUAAUGCCUCCCAGACCUUCCAAAGGUUUGUAGACAGAAUGCUUCGCGGCCUACCAUUUGUCUACGCCUAUAUCGACGACCUUCUGGUAGCCAGCUCCACCACCGAAGAGCACAUGGAGCAUCUGGGAACGGUGUUUGACCGCCUUCAACAAUUUGGCGUUGUUCUCAACCCGUCCAAGUGCGUCUUCGGUGUGCCCUCCCUAGAAUUUCUCGGUCAUCUGGUCGACUCCCACGACAUUCGGCCUCUUCCCUCAAAGGUUGCCGCCAUUCGGGACUUUCCAUCCCCUACCUCGAAGCGUCAGUUGCAACGGUUUCUUGGUAUGGUAAACUUUUAUCGCCGGUUUCUCCCGAACUGUGCCGAUACCAUCCUACGUCUGACCAAUCUCCUCUCAGGUUCUAAACGCACCUUUGAACUUACACCAGCAGCACUCACGUCAUUUGAGCAGGUAAAAGUCCUUCUGGCUGAUGCCACCCUCCUGACUCACAUUCAUGCUGAUGCACCCAUAUCUCUGAUGGUCGAUGCCUCCACUGUUGCUGUUGGCGCGGUUCUUCAACAAAGUCUGCCGGAUUCUACCGUGCCUUUCGCUUUCUUCUCCAAGAAACUAUCCAAAGCCGAAACCCGCUACAGCACAUUCGGACGUGAACUUCUCGCCGCUGAUCUUGCCGUAAGGCACUUCCGGCAUUUACUCGAAGGUCGAGAGUUCACAAUUUUCACUGAUCAUAAGCCACUCACGUUUGCAAUACAUUCCCACUCUGACAAGCUAAGCCCCCGGGAGAUCCGUCACCUGGACUACAUUUCGCAGUUCACUUCAGACAUCCGCCAUAUUGACGGCUCACGGAAUGAGGUGGCUGACGCACUGUCAAGGCCCUCUAUUGCUCAUCUUCAGCUUUCACCCGGGAUAGACCUCGCUGAGAUGACCGCUGAACAACGCCGUGUCGGUCCAUCCUGUGGUGAGGAUGUUUCCGGACUCCUCGACCCUCUAUUCCACCGUCCCGUAUACUUCCUCUGCCCUCAUGUCCACAACUCCCAACUGCAACUACCCCUUCAUCAACAAACAACACUGUAA